AUGCGAGCAUUAGUCUUGGCUCUCCUAACUCAAGCAGGUUUCUGUUUUAUUACGCUACCGAUAAAGUAUGUCGCUCGUGAGCAGAGUAUAGGUGUUUAUGAACCUCAGACUUCCAAAUUUCUCAAAACGAUAAGCUAUGAACGCGAAUUGGUGUUGGAAGCAGAAGUUGGCCCACAGAAGACAAAGACCGAAUUUCUGGUUGAUUUCUGGGGAUACUCAAAUACCUUGACCUCCCUGAAUGAUUGUGGGAAAAGCUCUACAUCUGAUCAUAUGGGUCAAAGUUUCAAUCUUGGAGAUGUGCAAGUCGAGGACGUUCCAUUCACAACCCUCAGUCUUCAAAAUCACUUGAGGUUUGGCCCCAGCGAAGCUCGAAGACAUGAGCCUCUUAUGGUUGAAAAAAUGAACAUUGUCCAGCUUUUAAAAUAUCAGAAGAAGAUUAAUAGAGCAUUGGCAUCGUUCCUAUUUCCCAAAGAUGACUUGUCUGUAGGCGAGUUGGUGCUUGGAGGCAUUGAUCACUCAAAGCACCGUGGGGCUCUCCGUAAGGUCCCAUUUUCUAAACCUGAGGAACAUCUUGGAAGCGACAAUGGCAAUAUGAUAGUGGUCGCUCUUGAUGAAAUUCUCUUAAACGGCAAGCAGUUGGCUAAGGGUGGAUAUGACAUGAUGCUCUCCACCUCACAGAUGAGUCGCUUGCCUCAAAAGUUUGUGAACGCCAUUGCCCGUCACUUUGGCGGAGUCUACGACGAAACUGUGAAUUCUUUCUAUUUUGCAUCCAGUAUUGUUGACACUGACGAGACACUAACCUUUUCAAUAAAUGGAGCGAAUAUAAUUGUUCCCGUGAGAGAAUUGGUCACCCAAAAUGGUCAAGAAAGGUACCUUCUUUCAAUCACACCCGGUGUUAAUGAAAAUGUUGGUAUUUUGGGUAUGGAUGUUUUGAAGCAUGCCUAUCUAGUUAUCGACUAUGAUAAUAGUGAAAUUGGUCUUGCUACUGCUUUCCGGCCAUUACAGGAGCCACAAGAGGGCCAGGAACUAGCUUACUGUGAUCCCUCGACUUCUGAUACUGGGCUAAAUGAUUCUAUGCUGAAGGGAUACUCUUUGGUCAACCACUGUAUUGAAGAGGAUGAAGUGAUAACAGUUUUCACAAAAUCUCGAUUUCUGAAUGUCAGAGACCUCAAAAAGAGGAAAUCUCUGUCAGGAACUCACAGCAGUCCUCACAGCAGUCCUCAUAACAGUCCUCACAACAGCCCUCACAGUAACCCUGACUCGAACCUGGACGACAAUCCAGACAGCAGCCCUAAGAGCAGCCCGCAUGACAAUCCAAACACCAAUCCUAACACCAAUCCUAACACCAAUCCUAACACCAAUCCAAACACCAAUCCAAACACCAGUCCAAAUACCAAUCCGAAUACCAGUUCAAACAACAGGCCGAAGACGACCAGUCUGUCGAAGUCAUCGCUGUUGGCGUCACUGAAUGUUCAGAUUAAUAUUUUUGGCAUCAAUUUGCUAAUUGUUUAUGUUGGAAUUACUUGGGUAUCAUUUAUCUUAUUUUUUGUGUGA